GGGCUCCGGCCUGGGAGGAGAGUCCCCGCGAAGCCCGGGCCUGACCUGGCGGAGCCGCGCGGACCCAGUGGAGGCGUCCCGGUCCAGCCCGCACCAGCGCCCUCGGAGCGCCCGGAGCCUGCGGCCCGUAGGGCGUCGGGAUCGGGCGGCGUCCGGCCCGCUCCGCGCCGUCUCGGGCUACCAUGGCCGUCGUCGCCGGUUUGCGGGCCUUGGGGACGAAGCGGCCCCGCUGGCUCUGGCGCGACCCGUGGGCCCCGCUCCCCGCCGGCUUCUGCACCCGGGGGCAGGCCGGGGCCGGGCUGCCGGAGUCGGAGCCGCGGCCCACCAGCGUGCGGCAGCGGGACGGCAUCAGGAACAUUGUCUUGAGCAAUCCGAAGAAGAGGAAUGCGCUGUCACUUGCAAUGCUGAAAUCGCUCCAAAGUGACAUUCUCCAUGAAGCUGAAAGCAAAGAUCUGAAAGUCAUUAUAAUCUCAGCUGAGGGGCCAGUGUUUUCUUCUGGGCAUGAUUUAAAGGAACUGACAGAGGAGCAAGGACGUGAUUAUCAUGCUGAAAUAUUUCAAACCUGUUCUGAGGUCAUGAUGCUGAUCCGGAACCAUCCCGUACCGGUCAUUGCCAUGGUCAAUGGCUUGGCCACAGCUGCCGGUUGUCAGCUGGUUGCCAGCUGCGACAUUGCUGUGGCGAGUGACAAGUCCUCUUUUGCCACUCCUGGGGUGAACAUCGGCCUCUUCUGUUCCACCCCUGGGGUUGCCUUGGGGAGAGCAGUGCCUAGAAAGGUUGCCUUAGAGAUGCUUUUUACUGGGGAGCCCAUUUCUGCCCAGGAGGCCUUGCUGCAUGGGCUGCUUAGCAAAGUCGUGCCGGAAGAGCAGCUGGAGGAAGAGACCAUGAGAAUAGCGAGAAAGAUCGCCUCCCUGAGCCGUCCUGUGGUGGCUUUGGGUAAGGCCACCUUCUACAAGCAGCUGCCCCAGGACCUUAGAACAGCAUACUACCUCACCUCCCAGACCAUGGUGGACAACCUGGCCCUGCCAGAUGGGCAGGAGGGGAUCAAGGCCUUCAUCCAGAAGAGGAAACCCAUCUGGUCACAUUGAGCCAUCAUUCAUGGAGAAAUGGAGGAGGAGGGGGUCCAGCAGGCGGCACUCAGGAAGCCCCCCACCCCUCACCUUUUGCUCCCCACCCACCACUGCUGCCUCUGAUUGUAACAGAAGACAGCCUGCAUUUAUAAUAUUAGCACUGAUUGAACAACAUGUGGUCCAUGUUAAAAGCCGUGAUUCCAUAUGGAAAGGAUGAAAUGGAGAGUAAAUAAAAUGAUCAUUACAGUGCAAGGUUGGUGAGCGCCUGUGAUGGGCCAGCUGUGGUAGGAAGCCUGGUAUUUUACAUAUUCCUUCACUGCACCUUACACAAGGGCCAUCCUGACAUAGGAGACGGUGACCAGCAACUGAGGCAUGAAAGAAGGAUGCCAACCUCUUAUCAGAAAUGUCCUCUAAGAUGGAGUUAAUUCUGGAUGCUCAAGAGAAGUGAAACAUUUAAAAUCUCCACGAGAUGUUCUCUACCCUGAAAAUCCUCUUGAUCCUAUUGAGAAAUAGUCAUGGCUAUCCUUUGAAGUAAUCUUAUGUGAUUUAAAUAUGUUGAGUAUUUAUAGAGAUGGUUCUUUUAUUUUCCCAAACAAACCGCAAACUGUCUGAGAAAGGAAAAAAAAAUUACUCACCUCUCUGUACGCCACCACUGAUGGACAUAUAGCAGGUGACUCAUAUUCUGAAAUGAACAUCCUUGCUGUCCAAGUUACUGUGAAGCCAGGACUAUGGGCUAAACCCAAGGAUAAAUCACUGGGAGGAGGUGGCGUGGAGCAGAGCACACAUACUACCCACUCAGAAUCACGUCCUGCAGACACACUUCCAGCUCUGCUCAGCCUCCAGUGAAGAAUCCAGACUAACAUCAGGCAUUCGGGUUCACCAACUAAGCAAGUGUUUAGAUUAGGACCUAAACAUUACUUUCUGGCGUCUGGUCUAAUGUGGCCCAAGAAAUGUUCCAAAUCUCUUGUCAUCAAGCUUGCCCAUAAGGCUGAUCCUUUUCUUUUUAUUAUUCUUAAGCCCAUUCGUUUCACCCAGGAGUAGAAUGUGGCCAUAAAUGUGAUUAGUACCACGGCUGGAGGUAAAGAACCAGGUGGGUCUAACCUGAGGUUUUCAUUCUGAUCGCUGUGCAAGCACCUCACAGUAUGGAUGUCCCCGAGUGUUUUCACAGGUUUCUGUUGAAAUUGGCAAUUUUUUUCUUUCCCAUUUUAAAAGUAGAAAAGAGUGUAUUCUUGAAAAGGAAGAGUUUGUUACUAAGAGUGCCACUCAUGAGCAGAAAAAUCAUUAGAGCUACCAUUUCCUGGGCACAUAGUACGUGCCGGAUACCCUUUGUACAUUCUCAUGUGAUCCUCACAAGAACCUAGUGGAGUAGGUACUAUGAUGAUCUCUAUCUCACAGAUGAGUAGUUGAUCCUCGACUUUGUCCAAGGUCAAAUACCUGAGACUGUAGAGGAGGAUCCAGAUGUGGUCUGCCUGAUAAAGCCAUAGGUAAUGGUUCCCCUGGCCACGCUACCUGUGGUGAGACCCUGGGCUGCUGUGAGGCUCACCGGGGACCAGCAAGCCUAAAGACACAUCUGUGCCACUCCAUAGCAGUGUUCCAAAGCAAGGGAAUGCACCAAGUCCUCUUUGCUACAGAGCGUUGCCAGUGUGCAAGGGACACCAGAUUUGGUUAUUGGCAGAUCACUACUGGAGUUUUUACUCCUAAGUUAAUAAACAGCUGGCUGAAAUUUCUAAACUAGACUGUGAAGAACUGGCUGUCCCAGUCAGCUCAAAACUAAUGCAGGUCAGUGGUUUGAACUACUGUAUGUCCCUCUUUGGGUGGCCUGCUGUGGAAGUUAGCACCUUGCAGUUGCUGGAUCACCAUGUAGAGGAAAGGAUGUUAGAAACUCUUGGCUUUGGAGAAAAUAACAAAGCCUUCUCACACAUUUGACAAAUGAAAAUCCAAAGGUAACUUUCCCAUUCCUGCAUGGAAUGAGCAUGCACUAAACCCUCCAGGCAUGGAAUCCUCAGGCUUCUGGGCCGACUUCCCAGCCUAUGAGCUGAUGUGCACUCAGGGACCAGCUAUAAAUUCUAAUAGCCGCCUGUGCAGAAAAUCAUCCAGAAAGAAAAUCUGCUACCCACCCUCCGAUGUCAUAUAAUUUAUCCCAAGGCAAAUAUAAAUUCUGGGUUUAUUUGUAUCUCUGCUUCCUUGUUUUCUGAUAACCACACAUGAUGAUUGCUUUUGGAAAGCCUAGAAUAUUCAUCUUUCUCUCUGUACCAUUAACUUCCAGGGAAGCUGAGCUGAGCUCAGUCCAGCAGGUCAUACCCCAGCAGGUUCAGGAGCUAUAAAGUAAUAGAAAUGGGUGUUUGCUUCUGCCCAUGCUGAUGAGAGAUCUUUCGAAGGCUGGCUUGACCCCUGGGGAAUAUAAACAAAUGCAGUGAGUGACACAACACCAGCUCCCUGAAUGAUUUUAUGCCCUGACUUUGGGGAAGUCACCAUGCAAGAGCACAUGAUGAUUUAGUGAGCCUAAAACCGUGCCAGGCAACUCUAGGAAGUAGGUCUUCUUAUCCUCCGUAUUACAUAUGAGGCUCAGACAAUUUAAGGCAUUUACCCAAACCGAGCCAGUGUGUGCAUCUGGAUCUAUAUGAUCAUGAAAUCUGUGUUCCUGGCUACAACACUGUUCUCCUCCCAACAUACAGUAAAGAUUACUCUCCAUCCCGCAGAGACAGACUAGCAAUGUGCUCAAAAGAGACAAGCCAUAAAUCUUACAGAGAAGGGGAUAUGGAUUUCCUUGCCAAAAGAGAUUUAGGGAAAAUCACUGACUUGACUUCCAAGAACAUCGAGUGCUAGUCCCAGUUGUAUGAACGUGUGUAGGCAAUGUGGCCUCUGUAAGCCCUCAGUUUCUCUUUCUAUACAAAUGACACCACUGGACUCUCCGGUCCUUCAGGUCUGACAUUCUGGAUUCUACAAUACUGGGAUUUGGAAGUAUUCCAUAAAACUUGAAACAGGUAGUUUUUGUUCAGAUGAGAUGUUCUUCUACACAUGGAGAUGACGGGCAUUUUACCCUGAGAAGUGGAAAAUAUUAAAAACACCUGAUUACAUUUGAGAGCAAGAAAUCCGUUUACAGAAGCUCCCAGAUUUGGGGCCACCCCUAAACGUUUGUAAGAUGUCAUCAGCUAGGUAGACCCUACAUGAGGCCAACCUCUAUCCACUCAGCAGUUGCUCCGAAUGGGGUCUGGGUGCCCCCAGAGCCCUUCCAUUAUUCACCAGCUCUUUCCUCUCUCUGUCCUCGGAAAACCCAUUUCACCAAGAGUAGUGUUUCCAGAGCAUAGUCCCUGGAUUACCUACAUCUGAAUGUUUGGUUCCUGGGCUCCACACCAGACCUACUGAAUCAGAAAUUCUGAUUUCUGGUACCCAAAAAAUAUGCAUUUAAAAAAAAAUUUCCAAGUGAUUCUUCUGCAUGCUAAAGUUUGUGAUCACCUGCAUUAGAGUGGAAGUAAUGUAUUAAAUCUUCCUAAUCAUAUUUUCAUUUUAACAGUUGGAGCAAUACAGCUUUGAUGAUGAAAUGGUGGGCAGUUGCAUUUGGUUUGGAGAGGAUGCGGAGAGACUUGAGCACAUCCAGGAUGCUCUUAAAAUCUUACUACUUAGGCUGGUUUUGUGACCUUCACAGGCUCUAUGUGCUCCUGCCUUUGGAAGCUCCAUGUCCCAUUACACAUCAGAGUUAGAAUACACCCAUAUCCCACACUAACAUAA